AUGGUGGUGUCUGUGGGACAUUGAAUGACUUUGGUUCCAUCAUCAAGAUAGAAGCUUUAUUCAUUUCGUUUACCGAAAGGGUGUCGUUUUACAUCACUCAUGGAGGCUCUUAUACCCGUUAUAAACAAGCUCCAAGAUGUGUUUAACACAGUGGGAGCGGAUAUAAUACAGCUGCCCCAGAUAGCAGUCGUCGGGACCCAGAGCAGUGGUAAGAGCUCUGUGUUGGAGAGUCUGGUUGGCAGGGACCUGCUGCCCCGUGGGACUGGCAUUGUAACCAGGCGGCCUCUCAUACUGCAGCUGGUCCAUGUGGAUCCAGGUGACGUUAGGAAGAGUGAUGAUGGUGGCAGAGAAGGAGAAGAGUGGGGCAAGUUUUUACACACCAAAAAUAAGAUUUACACAGAUUUUGAUGAAAUCAGGCAAGAGAUCGAAAAUGAAACAGAGAGAGUGUCAGGGAAUAAUAAGGGGAUCAGUGAUGAACCUAUUCAUCUGAAGAUCUUCUCUCCUCAUGUUGUCAACCUCACACUGGUAGAUUUGCCAGGAAUCACCAAGGUGCCAGUGGGUGACCAGCCAAAGGACAUUGAGAUUCAGAUCAGAGAGCUCAUCCUCAAGCACAUAUCCAACCCCAACUGCAUCAUUCUGGCUGUCACUGCUGCCAACACAGACAUGGCUACCUCAGAAGCCCUGAAGGUAGCCCGGGAGGUUGACCCCGAUGGUAGGAGAACUCUGGCGGUGGUGACCAAGCUGGAUCUGAUGGAUGCUGGCACUGAUGCCAUGGACGUACUAAUGGGCAGAGUCAUCCCAGUCAAGCUGGGCCUCAUCGGGGUGGUCAAUAGGAGCCAGUUGGACAUCAACAAUAAAAAGUCUGUGGCUGAUGCCAUUCGGGAUGAGCAUGCGUUCCUCCAGAAGAGGUAUCCAUCUCUCGCCAACAGAAAUGGAACCAAAUACUUGGCUAAGACCCUCAACAGGUUACUGAUGCAUCACAUCAGAGACUGUCUGCCCGAGCUAAAGACGCGGAUCAACGUCCUGGCAGCUCAGUACCAGUCCCUGCUCAGCAGCUACGGUGAACCUGUGGAAGACCAGAGCGCCACCCUACUCCAGCUCAUCACCAAGUUCGCUGCUGAGUACUGCAACACCAUAGAGGGUACCGCCAAAUACAUCGAGACGGCUGAACUGUGUGGUGGAGCCAGGAUUUGCUACAUAUUCCAUGAGACGUUUGGCAGAACGUUGGAGUCUGUGGAUCCCCUUGGAGGACUCACGACCAUCGAUAUAUUAACAGCUAUCAGAAAUGCAACCGGUCCCCGUCCAUCCCUGUUUGUGCCUGAGGUGUCCUUUGAGUUGUUAGUGAAGAAGCAGGUGAAGCGUUUGGAGGAGCCCAGUCUGCGCUGCGUGGAGCUGGUCCAUGAAGAGAUGCAGAGAAUCAUCCAGCACUGCAGCAACUACAGCACACAGGAGCUGCAGAGGUUCCCUAAGCUCCAUGAGGCCAUAGUGGAGGUGGUCACAUCCCUCCUCAGAAAGCGGCUGCCCAUCACCAAUGAGAUGGUCCAUAACCUGGUGGCUAUUGAGCUGGCCUACAUCAACACCAAACAUCCAGACUUUGCAGAUGCUUGCGGAGUCAUGAACAACAACAUAGAGGAGCAGAGGAGGAACAGGAUGAGAGAGUUGCCCGCUGCAGUGCCUAGGGAUAAGGCGCCAGGAGCAGGGCCCCAGGAGGGGCAGGAUAGCACAGGGAACUGGAGAGGGAUGCUGAAGAAGGGAGACGAGGCCGCAGGCUCAGCACCGGGAAGCCCCCUUAAAGGAGCUGUCAACUUAUUGGAUGUGCCUGUGCCUGUUGCCAGAAAGUUGUCAUCACGUGAGCAGCGGGACUGUGAGGUCAUCGAGCGUCUCAUCAAGUCCUAUUUCCUUAUUGUGCGCAAGAACAUUCAGGACAGUGUGCCCAAGGCUGUGAUGCAUUUCCUGGUCAACCAUGUGAAGGACAGCCUUCAGAGCGAGUUGGUUGGCCAGCUGUACAAGUCUGGCCUCCUCAAUGACCUGCUGACUGAAUCAGAGGACAUGGCCCAGCGACGCAAGGAAGCCGCAGACAUGUUAGAGGCAUUGCAGAAGGCCAGUCAAGUGAUUGCGGAGAUCAGGGAAACUCAUCUUUGGUGAAACCUCAGCAGGGAGCAGUCACCAUGAUCUGUUAAAUCUGUUCUCUCUUCAUCGUGUCUCAACAUCAACAUGCAACUUUAUUCAUCAUGUCUGAACACGAGUAAAUCUUGAAUUUGCCAAUGUAAAAAUGCACUGUAAUGGUCCCUGUAAGAGUUUGGGGAUCCUGUUGGCUCAAAGCCACCUUAGGAAAAUUGAAGCUGUAACUCUAUUUAAAUGCUAAAGUAAAUAUGCUUGGCUUUGCCCUUACAGAAAUGCACUGUCUCAGUUAGCUCAGUUUAAGGUGAGGUUUUAGAAAUUGUAGUUGGUGCACACAGCGCUUUGGGGGA